AUGCUGUUUUGGCACAGCCAGCCGGAGCACCUGUGGCCCAGCCCCGGGGAACUGUGCCCCGGGCCACCAAGCAGCUUGCUCAGGGAGGCCUUGCCCUUGCCCUACCUGAAGCAGGAAGAGCCGCCCAACAUCCCCCGUGCGGAACCGCCCUGCCCCGCCUUCCAGUACGUGCUCUGCGCAGCUACCUCGCCAGCUGUGAAGCAGCAGGAGGAGACCCUCACCUACCUGAACCAGGGCCAGUCCUAUGAGGUGAGGAUGCUCUGCAACCCCAAACUGGGCGAUGCCACCCAGGGGCCCCGGCUGCUGAAGAGUGUGGUGCGUGUGGUUUUCCACGACCGGCGCCUGCAGUACACGGAGCAGCAGCAGCUGGAUGGGUGGAGGUGGAGCCGGCCUGGGGACCGCAUCCUGGACAUAGAUGUGCCACUGUCCGUGGGGGUGAUAGAACCCCAAGUGCUACCCUCACAACUCAACACAGUGGAGUUUUAUUGGGACCCGGCCAAGAGGACCUCCCUCUUUCUGCAGGUUCACUGCAUCAGCACUGAGUUCACUCCUAGGAAAAAAGGUGGAGAGAAAGGUGUUCCCUUCCGCCUUCAGAUCGACACUUUCAAGCCCUGUGACAAGGAGCUUUCGCCGGAGCACCUGCAUUCAGCUGGCUGCCUCAUCAAGGUGUUUAAGCCCAAAGGAGCUGACCGGAAACUGAAAACUGACCGGGAGAAGAUUGAGAAACAGCCCGUGCAUGAGAGAGACAAGUAUCAGACAGCCUGUGAGAGCACAGUCUUCAUGGAGUGUUCACCGUGGCCAGAGCCCAGUUCGGGACCCCACCCGCCUCUGAGCCCUCUUGCUCUGACCUCCCCCAACUCCUGCAAGCUCCCCCCGGAGAGGUGAGGCAGGACGAGCACCUUCUGUCAGCCCUUGGGGGUGAGAAUGAAGAGAAGAGCCCCUCAGCCUAGGCAGCGGGGGAGGGCCGGCCUGAGGGUGCAGCUGAGGCAGCUUCUGGGGAACACGUGGGUGACACCGGGACAGGCCUGGGGAAGGAUGAGGGGGGCAGGAGACUGGCCGCACUGUUUCCCUGAGCCUGACUCCCUGCUCCCCACAGGCUCUGCUCCUCACCACCAUUCGCCUUGGACACCUUGGGGGGCAGCCCAGCCCAGGUGAGUCUUUCCUUUCCACACUCCCACACCCCCUAUUGCAAAGCCUUCUCAGCAGUGUCACCUCACUCUCCAGAAUAGGGUGGCC